ACUUUGAUCGCCCUCUGCGUUGUGAUUUGAUCAAAAAGAUCAUUGUGUUUGACAGAAGUACAGUUGUAAUUAUUGGAAUAUUAAGUGAAUUGUUUGAAAAUGAGAUAAACGAUAAAUGAAAAAUGGCAUUUCUUUGCCCUGUUCGUAUCAGACGCGGCAAGAAGAAAAAAUCUACAAUCUCCGACCUCGACAAAGACCUCAACCGGCCCAUCAAUGGGGCCCCCGGCAUGGGCCGAAUCACCGGCUCGGCCAGCAUCGAGACCCUCGUCCGUGUCGGAAUCGAAAAAGAGCACGGGCUUUCCCCCGAUUCGAAAAUGGUGGUUCUCCACGACUUCACCCCUUGCGUGGACGACGAACUCGAAGUGAAACGUGGACAGAUCGUCAACAUCCUCUACCGGGAGAACGACUGGGUUUAUGUGAUCGGUUUAGACACCAGACAGGAGGGUUUCAUCCCUUAUUCGUACUGUUCGCCAUACAACAGCCAUUUGGCCGAACUGGCCAUCAAGAAGAAACUCCCAAGGGAGACGCAACUCCCAUCGGGGGAGAGCUCGGACACGAACCAUGAAUGUGAAGGGGGUUUGGAUACGAGUGACUGCGACUCGUUGGGGAAAAAUAAAGUUCGAGGGGCUGGGAGUCCUAUUAGUAUCCGGUCCGAACCGGAUAUGUUGCCAUUUUCGAAGGAUCCGUCCGGGAGAUAUAUUGUUUUGUACACGUUUAUAGCCAGGGAUGAGAAUGAUGUGUCGGUCGAGCGUGGCGAGUUUGUUACUGUUUUGAACAAGGAGGACCCGGAUUGGUACUGGAUCGUGCGCAGCGACGGGCAGGAGGGUUUUAUCCCGUCAGGGUUUGUCUACCCGGCCGAUAACGUGAUUCAGGGCCAUUUGAAUCGAGUCACGAAUCAGAAUCUGGGUGGCAGUUUGCCAAACCAGAACAAUUCGCAUCUAUUGACAUCGUCAAGUGUUGACGAUUUGCGUUAUCACGGAACGGAAUUGGUGAUGUUGUACGAUUAUAAAGCGCAAGCUCCUGAUGAUUUAACUGUAAGAAGAGGUGAUUGGAUUUAUGCCGACUUGAAUAAUCAAACUGUGGAUGGGUGGUUGUGGGCGUAUGCGCCCAAGACGAGGAAAUAUGGGUUCAUACCCAAGGCUUACGCAAGGCCGCCUGCUAUGACGAGUCUUUGAUUGUGUGAAUGGAUUUUUAAUAAGACAUUUUAUAUUUUUAUACAUUUUUAUUGCCAGACAUUUAUUGUUAAUAAACUUUUACAUAAGA